CCGCUCGCUGCUCACUGCACAGCCGCAGUCCACGGCGAUGCGCCGUUAACGGCAGAGCCGCUCCGCGCUCUUUUCUUUCUUCUUCCACCAUCCUCGCUUUGAGAGGAUCAUCAUCAUCAUCACCAUCAGCAGCAUCACCAUCAGCAGCAGCAUCCCCAUCCCCUCUCCGGGCUGCGUGUUUGUCCGCCGGCGCUGCACCGUCCUUAUCAAUACCAUGGAAAUACCAGGCUGUCAUUCUUCCAUCUAGAAGGGAAGUCUCACCUCACACAGUCAAGACGGGGGGCACAAUGAGUGAAGAGUCACCGGCCUCCCCCAGUUGGCUGACCCCUGACCCCACAGCAUGGGCCAGCGGAGGCGGGGGACCGAUGGACAACAGCACCAGCAUGGGGACGUUUCCCCCGGAGGAGUCUCUACCGCCCAGCCAGCUGCCCCUGCUGGUCAACCCCUGGGACAUUGUGCUGUGCUCAUCUGGGACUCUGAUAGCCUGUGAGAACGCCCUGGUGGUGCUGGUGAUCUGGCAGAACCCGGCGCUCAGAGCCCCCAUGUUCCUGCUGAUCGGCAGCCUGGCGCUGGCGGACCUCCUAGCCGGCCUGGGCCUGGUGCUCCACUUCACCUGUGCCUACCUGCUCCGCUCUGACUCGGCCCAGUUGCUGACCGUGGGCCUGGUGGUGGCCUCCUUCUCUGCUUCUGUCUUCAGUCUGCUGGCCAUCACUAUUGACCGCUACUUGUCGCUGUAUUACGCCCUCACCUAUAACUCGGAGCGGACAGCGGCCUUCACCUACACCAUGCUGGUGCUCCUGUGGGGCCUGUCCCUGUGUCUGGGCCUGCUUCCGGUCACAGGGGUCAACUGCCUGGCAGAGGAGGCCACAUGCAGCGUGGUUCGGCCACUCACAAAGAACAACAUAGCAGUGCUGUCCGUCUCCUUCCUGCUGCUCUUCGGCCUCAUGCUGCAACUUUACGUCCAAAUCUGCAAGAUCGUGAUGCGCCACGCCCACCAGAUCGCCCUCCAGCACCACUUCCUGGCUGCCACACCCCACUACGUCACAACACGGAAGGGCGUGUCAACACUGGCCAUCAUCCUGGGUACUUUUGCUGCCUGUUGGAUGCCAUUCACUGUCUACUCUCUAAUCGCUGACUACACCUACCCUCCUCUGUACACCUACGCCACGCUGGUGCCUGCCACCUACAACUCUGUCAUCAACCCGGUCAUAUACGCUUUCAGGAACCAGGAGAUCCAGAAGGCGCUGUGGCUGGUGUGCUGUGGAUGCGUGCCUGCCAGCGUAGCCCACCGAGCACGGACCCCUAGUGACGUCUGACCAAGCAGACCCAGGUGGGAAGAGAGAGGCACCCUGGGUCAGCUGUGCUCCUCACUGGAUGUGACCAGUGUCAAAGAGAGCAGCAGCAGGAGAGAUCAGGGGAAGAAGUGGCAGAGGGCUGAAGCUGCAGUUCCGACUGGAGAUAAUACUGGAGAUGAUAGUGGCAGAGGCAGAUGGGUGAAUUAUCCACAGCCCUCCUGGAUGGAUGGCGUGUGUUUCUUUGUUAUAUUCAUCAUAGGGCAAGGUAUCUCACUGUCUUCCCCAGUGCAGGCGGCCAUCACAGGGCUGCCUCCCGCCCCCUCCCAUUCAAUCCGUGCCACGCCCUUCCUUCUCUAUUCUGCAGAGAGCUGAGAGCAUCACAUGUUACAGGCAGCAGCUGUAUAUAGAAUGUCCAUACAGCACUGGAGCUGUGGUUGGCACGUGCUUGUUUUACUUCAAACGGCGGGGAGGGAUUAUUAUUUUGAGCUUCUGUGCGUGCGUAAAUACGCGCGGCGGAUUAACAAAGCAGUGUGCGCGGUGCGGUGCGGUGCGGUGAGGUGAGGAGAGAUACGGCCGCUGCUCAAUACGCGGCAUUUCCACAGUAAAAGCCCGUCUGGAGCAGCAUCCCGUCGCUCUACUGCUGCACUCUGAACGUGCGUCGAAAGCUAAGCAGCCACGGAGAGCUAAAAAUAGACCCUGGCGCUCUCUGAUCCGCGCCCUGCGUCCUCCACGGACGUCAAGAAAGAAAGAAAUCUAGCCGCCUUUUCUCCUCGCCUCUCUUAUAUUCUCAUUUCUAAUUUUUUUUUUUUCUGGAUUGUGCGUGAAUGUGUUGUAGAGUCAGUCUGUGUUUGAGAGGCUAUAGCUGCGUCUUAAAACAAGGCCCAGUUUAGCCACCAUUAUUUUUUUAUUGUUAAGAAGCGCCGAACCGUGUAGAAAAGGAGUAAGAUUAUGUAACCCCCCUUAUAGCUCUCCAGUGCAUCUUUUUAAAAGAUGGGAAUGCUAUAAAUGUAUUGCUGUUUAUGGAAACAAAGAUAAAAUCUAACUUUUAAGGUUAAUUUGGAAACAAACACUUUAGAAAGGAAAUCAAAAUCCCUAUGUGGAAAUUAGUAAAAAGUCAAAUGACAGAAAGAAAAAGGUGUGCUUUUUGUUUAGACUGCAAAAUCUGAAUGUGUUUACAUGUAUUUGAUCUCUAAUGGCUCAAAAGAGCACACAGCAACCACAUAAUCUCUAAUCUGCAUGCUAAACUCUAGUGUAAUUUGCAUGCAAGCACAGAUCCCACUUUUUCUCCUGAAUUCAGUGUUUUAGGUCACAUAGGCCACUGCAGGCGAUGUGUCAUGGGAUCCUGAUGUCAUCAUGACCCAAAUAAUUUUCAUGUACCUCACUUGUAUUGCAUUGAAAGAGCUACAAUCAUCACUGGAUGGUCACAAUGUUUAAUGUAUAACUAAUGUGCAGAGUUCAGAGGUGAUCUGAUUAUUCUAGUUCACAAAAUCUAGCAGCUGCUCUGAGUUAAUUACUUUUGGUCCUCAAACAUAUUUAGGUGAUUUGUUAUAACCCAACAAAUACGUACACUAAUUCCACACUCAUACAGAUCAUGUCAGCAAUAACUAGCCUCUGAAUGGUAGUUUGUUGUUUUUUUUUUAGAAUCGAAGCAAUACUCAGACAGCAAUAACAUCCAUGCCCCACCAUGACUUCUUCCUGCAGAGGUGAGGCACCUUCAUGGUUGCUCUGGUGGGGAUGUGUUGUAAAGGGCAGAACCUACAAGUGAUGCUUUAGUGAUAUCUCUUCAAAUAGGUGGUAGGAUGGAUUAUCACUUGUGGAUUGGAACAAGUGGAUGAGGUCAAAACAACUCAAUUGUAACGAUGACACCACUGCCUCAUGUUUCUGCUGAGGGUGUUGUUUUCCAACCCCGUCAAAAUUUGGGCUUCGAUCUUUAGUCAGACCAGGAUGAAAUUGUGAACUUCUUAUUGCCUCUGCCUUUUGUGAGCAUCUGAACUAUUCUAAAUGUGGUAACCUCAAGCGUUUGUGUGUGAUUAGGGACUCUCUUUUUUGUUUUUUGUUUGUUCUGUUUGUUCGUGCAUAAGGUUAUGAGUUGCAUGGCCUCUGGGUGUGUGCAUGUAUGUGUCCGUGUGUGUGUGUGUGUGUUUUUGACCCAGCAGCUCAACAGACCGUAAUCUGUCUCGUUGUGUUGUCAGGGGUUAUACCGGGUCGGAGGGAAACAAAUUAUUGUUGACCGCUGACCUUAGAGGAUAAUGCUGCCAGUCUUCCUGUCAAUUCUGAGAGAAGUGGCCUCGUUCUGUGUUUGUCUUACAGCAUGUAAACCUUUUACAGAAAGAAACUGGACUAGGAUGCGAAUGCUCCUGCGCUUCAAGCCAAAGUGAAAGGACUCUGAAUGAACUGGGAUCCUAGUCCUACUAUGUUCUUUUGUCUUCUCUAUAUCACUAAUAUUCUACUCUACUUUAAAUCAGUCUCGUCUGGUCAAGGCAGGUGCCCAUUAAGUGACCUCUGAACGAUUCAAUGAGCUAAAAUUGGCCACGUCCAAAGACAAAGUUAAUGCUUCUUCUUUCUUUCCUUGCAGAGCUCUCUGUCUUUCUGGCCUCAGAUUAUUUAGAAAGCAUUACAAGAAAAAGGCGAGAUAUGUAAGGAAAGCAGAAGCAUAGCAUUUCUUAGCACUGGAACGUAGCCUGUGUGUGUGAACUUGUGCACAGUGUCAGACUGAACCCUGUAGUUUUUUCGAUGAGCACCGACAGGUCAGGCUGGCACAUCACAAACCAUCACAAACUCUUAUUCCUUUACCUUUGGAGAAAAGUCUAUUUUGUUAUAUUCAUUGAAAAGUUCUAUUUUUUUCCACUUUAGUCUGGCCUGAAUUCUUUCAGAUUCUGAUGUUGUAUGAUAUAAUGGCGCUGUAAAGCCUUUUUCUGAAUGUAGUAAUAAUCAACAAAUUGUUUAAAUGAUACCCUCCCCACCCCCUCUUGACUAAUUUGUUUCUGUAAAUAAGGCAUGCUUAAGAGGAGGGACUUUAUACCAUUGUGCAUGGUGCUGCCAAAGCCAGUCAAACUAAGGGAUGAGUUGGUUUGCACCAGUAUUUGAAUGAUAUUUCACCAAGGCUGUUAAUGUAGAAUUUGUUCUGUUGAGUUUCACUUUUCUCGCUUCAAUAUGCACCAGUUUGUAAAGGCUGGUUAACUGAGUGGAUCUGGCAACAAAGAUGGGGGAUGUUCGAGAAAGAAAUGGCAGAAGAUGUCUUCUGAUUGGUGAAUGUUUUCCUCAUGUACAGCGAACAGUAUUGUUAACCUGGAAUCUGUAAAGAUGUUAAGGUUUUUUUAUGGUUGAGCAGGUGUGAACAAGGGCUUUGUAUCCAAGAAUAGUAUAAGACUGUGAUGUUGGAUGUAAUACUUAUCUGUACACCUGUUAAUCUACUGAAUGGUUUCACUCUGUAAUAGUACGCAAAGUAUGGCUGUGUGCAAAGCAACCAGAGCUUGUGGGUUUUUGGAGAAAUUGUGUAGCCAGUGAUGGGACAUUAGUUCAGAGGGAGGCGGUGUCCACUAAUCUAGAGCUAAAUAUCAAAACACUCAAGGGCCUGUGAAUGUGUGUGUGUUUGGGUGGGGGUGGGAGUGGGGGUCAGAGGUGGGGACACCACAGUAACAGCAUCUUGUGUAGACGUAUGCGUAGUUUUCAAUGUGAAAUGCACUUUAUUUUUUGGAUGAAAAUGGCACAACAAAUUAAGUAUCUGCAAAAUGAAACGUAUAAACGAUAAUCAACAUGCACUAACUGAGAUAUUGUAAAAACAUUGUGUGAACGUGGUGUCUAUUUUUCCAAGGUGUUAGUUGUACUUUUUAUUGCUUUGGUUAGUUCACUCAACUGAGAGAUCUUGUUAAUUUUGUAUUAAAAAAUGUGCUGUGCAUAAAA